GGCGCGUGCUUGGGCCUGCGCGGAAGCGCGUUGUGGUGCGAAGCCACCUCCCCCGUCCAGUCGCGCAUCUGCGCAGUUGCUGUUAUUGUGACUAUCGGGCCACGGCCCCGGAUGUUGUGGUUGCCGGGGGGAGAUGGCGGAGGCUGAGGGGGUGGCUCCUACCCCAGGCCCGGCUUCGGGGUCGACUUUCAGGGGCCACCGAGAUGUGUCAGGCUCCUGGGAGCGGGACCAGCAGGUUGAGGCGGCGCAGCGGGCCCUGGUGGAGGUGCUGGGGCCUUACGAGCCUCUGCUGAGUCGAGUGCAGGCAGCCCUGGUGUGGGAACGGCCAGCCAGGAGCGCCCUGUGGUGCCUGGGGCUGAACGCGGCUUUCUGGUUCUUUGCCCUGACAUCCCUUCGUCUUGUGUUUUUACUUGCAUUUGGCUUGAUGAUCAUUGUGUGUAUUGAUCAGUGGAAGAACAAAAUCUGGCCUGAAAUAAAAGUGCCAAGACCCGACGCAUUAGACAAUGAGAGCUGGGGCUUUGUGCACCCUCGGUUGCUCAGCGUGCCCGAGCUCUGCCACCAUGUAGCUGAAGUCUGGGUUAGUGGGACCAUUUUCAUAAGGAAUGUUUUGCUUUUCAAAAAGCAAAAUCCAGGCAAGUUCUGCUUGCUGAGCUGUGGGAUACUGACCUUUCUGGCUGUCUUGGGCCGCUACAUCCCUGGGCUUCUGCUGUCCUACUUGAUGCUUGUCACUGUCAUGAUGUGGCCCCUUACCGUGUACCACCGACUGUGGGAUCGAGCAUAUGUGCGGCUGAAGCCAGCUCUGCAGCGGCUGGACUUCAGCGUCCGUGGCUACAUGAUGUCUAAGCAGAGAGAGAGACAAUUACGCCGCAGAGCUCUACACCCAGAACGAGCCAUGGACAACCACAGUGACAGCGAAGAGGAGCUUGCUGCCUUCUGUCCUCAGCUGGAUGAUUCUACUGUUGCCAGGGAAUUGGCCAUCACAGACUCUGAGCACUCAGACGCUGAAGUCUCCUGUACAGACAAUGGCACAUUCAAUCUUUCAAGGGGCCAAACACCUCUAACAGAAGGCUCUGAAGAACUAGAUGGUCACAGUGAUCCAGAGGAAUCCUUUGCCAGAGAUCUUCCAGACUUCCCUUCCAUUAAUGUGGAUCCUGCUGGCCUGGAUGACGAGGAUGACACUAGCAUUGGCAUGCCCAGCAUGAUGUACCGUUCCCUGCCAGGGGCUGAGGAGCCCCAGGCCCCACCUGCCAGCCAGGAUGAAGCUGCACUGCCGGAGCUCCUGCUUGGUGCUCUGCCUGUAGGAUCCAACCUCACCAGCAACCUUGCCAACCUGGUCUCCCAGGGUAUGAUUCAGCUGGCCUUGUCGGGGGCCUCCCAACCAGGCCCUUCUGGCGCACCUGCCCAGAGAGCAACGAGAGGCUUCCUCCGGUCCCCCAGUUCAGACCUGGACACUGAUGCAGAGGGGGAUGACUUUGAACUUCUGGACCAGUCAGAGCUGAACCAGCUGGACCCUGCCAGUUCAAGGAGCCACUGAGGCAGAGACUCCCUUUGGGAGUCACUGUGGUUUAAGUUUUUUUUUUCCCCAUCUCACUUAAGGUGAUGGGGCAAGGGAAGAAAUCAACCUCCCCUCCCCUGAAUUAUAUUUGUAUGCUGGGUGGCCUGGCUGAUGCUCAGAAGCCUGCUUAGAGAGGACACUCACUCCCCUCCCACCAGCUCAAUGCCCAUUUCUGAGCAGUCACUGAGUGAGGGUGUGCUCCCCCAAGGGAGGCUUCUCUCCAUCAGGAUGGUACUUUGGGGAACAAAGUAGUCAGGGAUAUUGGUUCCCCUUUGAGGAGGUGCUGCUCUUUGCUUUUAGGUAUGAGUGCUCAGGGGCCCUCACUGAAGAGCCCAUGCCUGCCUUCCUCCCUUCAUCGCCUCCCUAGAGCCCCCAAAGUCAGGUAGCAGCUGGAGUAGUUACAUUGUCAUCAUCUUACUUUUUUUUUUUUUUUUUUUUUUGAGACAGUUUCACUCUGUCACCCAGGCUAGAGUGCAG